AUGGUGUUCAGCCGCAUUGUGUCCAAUAUCAAACAUAGCUCAAAUGCUGCAUUAAAAUCAUGGUGCUAUCAAUGCGAAAGUAUAUUGGCCCAACGUUCACGUCGAUUACAACAAUUGUUUACAUUCUAUCAUCGGGUCUAUGGGCCGCAGGGCCUUAAAUUGCUGAUACGCUCCUAUCAUCGACAGCUGCCACAAUUUAAGGGCAAAAAUCUGGUACUAAGUGCUGUGGGGGCAUUGGGCCUGUCCGCAAAUGGGGUGCCGACGUUCGAUUGGUCCAAUGAACGUUUAAGUUUACUGAAUUUCGAGGCGUGUCAGGGUGACAUCGAAUUUAUUAAUACCUUGCCGCAGAAUAAACUUUGUGAUUUGUGCAAGGAAUAUAAAAUGAAAUAUUGUUAUUGUCUGGUGGGCAAUAAGAAGUGUCCACCAGCAGGAGCAGCAGCAGCUGAUGGAGGCAACACAAAGGGAAAUUGCCGGAAAACAUUUCAUCAGUUCUACAAGGAUGCUGUAGGAAGCAAUGGUUCCUCCGAAAUGGGCACAGCCUUAAUACAAAAAGCCGAUGAUCAGCCAUGGGAACCUUACAUGAGUAAAGAUCAAUUUUCCAUAUGGCGGCGGGAGGAGCGUUCCGCCAUGUAUUCCUAUAAGGUCUAUGCCCGUUUCAAUGACAUCUCGGCAGCUGAUUUAAUGCAUGUUCAAGUGGAUUUAGAUUAUCGCAAGGAAUGGGAUAACACAGCUGUGGCCUUACAUUUGAUAGAAGAAGAUCCCGUACCGGGGACCAAUUCCCACCUAAUAUAUUGGGAAAUGCAAUGGCCCCGCCUUUUUAGCAAUCGUGAUUAUGUCUAUUGUCGUCGUUUUGUAUGCGAUGACAAGCGUAAAGUUAUGAUGGUGGCCAAUCGCGGGACCACCCAUCCCAAUUAUCCUCAAUAUGGUGAUAAGGUACGCGUCACCGAUUAUUGGAGUUUUAUGGUCAUUAAACCAUAUCGCAGUUUUCAAGAACCGGGUGUUCACUAUGUGCUGACCUAUUAUGAUGAUCCGGGUCUGCCAAUACCGCAGAGUGUCAAGGCCUGGGUGACACAAAAACAAAUGCCCGAUGUUCUGCAUAAUAUGUAUCAUGCUACGAAAAAUUAUUCCUAUCGCAAGGCUCUGGCCAUGAAGGAUGUUUUCAAUAAUUUCACUUCGAUUAAUGAUGCUGACUAUGCUGCAAAUCAAUCGAGAAAUAGUUGGUUUAAGAAAAUCCUCCGACAACGGAAACAUCAUCAGCAGGAAAGUCUUAAGGAAAAGGAGAAGUAG